AUGAUCUCUCGUUAUUUCCAGGACUUUCUGCCGUCUUUGCUCAAUGCAUCAUUCGUCUCAGACUUCAGGCAUGUCCACAAAGACCAGGCACCUGAGCAGAGAAGACUCGAUGCCAAACGAGCCGCCGGUGUCUUCAGGGGAUCCCCGAAGUUCCUGAACAGCAAUCAGGUGCUGCUUUAUCGCGGAAGUGAGGAGGACCAAGACGGCCCAUGCUGGAAGCUGUCUUGGAAAGAAGAUGGCGAUGACGAUGAAGACAGUGACGAGGCGAAUGACCGCAUGCUGCUGGAACGACUAUGGUCUGCGGAAGACGUCACCGAGGAGGUUGCAGACCACAAAAUUGGGUGGGACUUCAGCCAGAGAGGUGGCACCUCCGCUUCCCCGCCUGCUGGGUCAUGGACACGGGAGAAAGGUGUUGGAAUUUGGGGAAGCCCGGGCAAGAACCCGGUUCAUGUCGCGAAGAUUGACAAUCCGCCUCUGACCUUGCUUCUUUCUGCCCUGGGACUCGCCAAGAAGUACAUUGUUGAGUACAUGGUGCGGUGGCUAAUGGAGGCAACCUGGGAGAGGCAAAGCUUGGACUAA